GGAAUUUCCCCUGACAUGAUGGAGAUGAUCAUUACAUUUGCAUAUACUCAAAGAGUACCUGUUACAUUUGAAAAUGUGGAGCAGCUGCUUGCUGCAGCUGACCAGCUUAACAUCCUGGGGACGAUAAACUUCUGCAGUAACUUCCUUGACUCUCAGCUCUCUGUGAAGAACUGUAUUGGCAUCUGUAAGCUUGCCUAUUGCUACUCUUGUCUUGAGCUGCAUUUCAAAGCAUUCAGAUUCAUUGUGCAUAACUUUGAGGAACUGGUCAGGGUGUCAGAGGAAUUUCUGCAGCUGAGCUGCUUUGAACUGUGUAGAAUCAUUGAAAGGGAUGAACUCAAUGUUAGAAAUGAGAGCCAUGUGUUCAAUGCUGUUAUGAAGUGGAUGUAUCACAAGUUUGCAGAACGUAAAAAGUUCCUUGCUGACCUUCUUCCAAAGGUGCGCAUAAUUUUGAAGGACUCAAGUGUUUUUGUGAGCAAUGUGAAGAAAUCGGAGUACAUGAAAGAUGAUCCUCAGUAUAAACUGUGUGCUUACAGAUGCUUGCUACAAAUGAUAUAUGAUCUUGGUAUCAACGAUUCGGCCACUCCACACCACAGCUCUCCCAAAACUUCAACCCGUCUGCCUUACAACAUCCUUCUGUCCAUUGGUGGCUGGAGAGACAGUCAUCCCACCAAUGCCAUUGAAGUGUAUGAUACACGUGCAAAGUCCUGGACAGAUGUAAUGUGCUUAGAAGAAACACCCAGAGCCUAUCAUGGAACUGCAUUCGUGUUGGGGUACAUUUAUUUAAUUGGAGGCUGUGAUAGAGUAAAAUACUACAACAGAGUGUGCAGAUUUGACCCUGUACGGAAGGUUUGGCAGGAGGUGGCUCCUACUCAUUCUCGCCGUUGCUACAUUAGUGUGGUUGUUCUAAAUAACUUUAUUUAUGCAAUGGGUGGUUUUGAUGGUCUAAAUCGCCUCAGCACAGCUGAAAAAUACAAUUCAGAAACAAAUCAGUGGACCCUGCUCUCCUCGAUGAAUGAGCGGAGAAGUGAUGCCAGUGCUACCACACUUCAUGGAAAGAUUUAUAUUUGUGGUGGUUUCAGUGGGGAGGAUUACCUUUUCACAGCAGAGGUCUAUGACCCGAGCAUGAACCAGUGGACCAUGAUUCCUCCAAUGAUGAUCCAAAGAAGUGGAGUUGGAGUGGUUGCAUAUAAAGAUGAAAUAUAUGCAGUAGGCGGUUUUGAUGGGGAGAACCGCCUGGAAACUGCAGAAGCCUUCAACCCACAGACUGGAACAUGGCGCUCAAUUGCAUCCAUGAUUACUCCACGCAGUAACUUUGGAAUUGAGACGAUGGAGGAUCUCCUAUAUGCAGUGGGUGGAUAUGAUGGGCACACUACAUCUUCGAAGGUGGAAUGUUACAACAAAGAGACAAAUGAAUGGAAAGAAGUGCCAAAUAUGACUAUAGAUCGAAGUGCACUAAGCUGUUGUGUGUUAUCUGGACUGCCAAAUAUAAGGGAAUAUGUUAUAUCCCGUGUUUCCCCAGAAGCAGUCACACAGUCAGAAGAGAGUAGGAUGUCCCCAUUCUAUAACAUACCACCUUUGUGA